ACGUCACCGCCCACAACAAGCAGCCAUGUGUGUUUGUUGACAUUAUCUGCUGUACCUUCCAUUUUACCCUCCCACUUCACCUGCCUGACUAAUUAAACCCCCGGGGGCUCACCUGGGCAUGAAGAGGAGGCCCUGGAGUACACACAGGGGGAAAAUGGCCGCCAAAUAAGAGGCCAGGAGGGAAAAAUGGCGGCAUGAAUUAAGGAGUGCUAAUUUUUACCAAGUUUCGGAAAUGUCACUCAGAUUUUAUAUUUUUCUGCCCACCGGGAAGAAACGCGCGGACUGGACCAUGGAGGCUGCCACGGGGGAAAGAAGUAGUGCGGAGUGAGGUGGAGUGCAGCCCGUGUGUGUGUGUGUGUGUGUGUUGGUGCAGUGCUGGGGCCCUGGCACUCUGGCACCACUCACCAACAAGCCUCACCCAGACUCAGACUCUGCAGUAAACACCUGAACAGUACAACAGGUGGACGUGUCUCCCGCUACACUAAGGCCCUGGGGCGCUGUGUGUGUGUGUGUGUGUGUGUGUGUGUGUGUGUGUGUGUGUGUGUGUGUGUGAGGGGACAGACCAGAGAGAUGUGCUGCCUCUCCUGUGCAGUGAAGGCAGGAGUGAGUGUGCAGACAGUGCAAUGAGUGCAGCGCUGUGCUGCGGUGGCGGCGGCGGCAGUGUUGGAGCGUGACGGUGGCUUGACACAGCGCAGCGCAGCACAGCACAUUGUGGCGCAGCAACAUGAGCAGUGUGGGGGACAAGUACCGCCACUUCCUCAGCAUGCACAGCCCCACCCAGGGUGGCGGCGGCGGCGGCUACCAGUGCAGCGAGUGUGGGGAGGUGUUCGCGGAGAGGGCCGGGCUGCUUGAGCACGGCCUGCACCACAGCGGGGACAAGCGGAACCUGUGCAACCUGUGCGGCAAGCAGUUCACCCGCAAGAGUGACCUGAGCCGCCACCUGCUGAUCCACAGCGGCGAGAAGCGGUACAAGUGUGGCGAGUGCUGCAAGCUGUUCACCCGCACCAGCGAUCUCAACCGCCACGUGCUGACCCACAGCGGCGAGAAGCGCCACAUCUGUGGUGAGUGUGGCAAGCGCUUCACCCGCAAGAGUGACCUCAACCGCCACAUCCUGGUGCACUCGGCGGACAAACGGUGCGAGUGUGGAGAGUGUGGCAAGCUGUUCGGCCGCGAGGAGAGCCUGCGCCUGCACAUGAGUGUGCAUGCCAGCGGGCGCAGGCACCAGUGUGAGGAGUGUGGGGAGCUGCUGCCCGACGCGGCCGCCCUGCGCGCCACCGCUUCCUGCACACCGGCGACAAGCCCCACAAGUGCGGUGGUUGCGACAAGCAGUUCACCCGCAAGAGUGACCUGAACCGGCACGCCUCUAUGCACAGCGAGGAGCGGCGCUUCAAGUGUCCAGAGUGCAGCCAGCAGUUUGCCCACAAGAAUGAGUUGAGCGGCCACAUGCUGGUGCACUGCGCUGAGCGGAACUACAAGUGCCAGGAGUGCAGCAAGCGCUUCAACUGCAACUCCAAGCUGAAGCGCCACAUGCUGGUGCACACCGGUGAGCGGCACUUCAAGUGUGAGGUGUGCGACAAGCGCUUCACGUGCAACUCCAAGCUCAAGCGACACAUGCUGGUGCACAGCGGAGAGAAGAACUUCAAGUGCGACGAGUGUGACAAGUCCUUCAACUGCAACUCAAAGCUCAAGAGACAUGUGUUUGUGCACGCCAACGCCACCACCGCUGCCACUGGUCGGCCCCGCGACAAGCAGGUGUGCGACGGCGGCUCCUUUGGCCCGGACUGCUCCUUCAUCAUGCCAGACGCGGUGAACGAGGUGUUUGUGAUGCCCGGGGCUGUGGCCAACCACCAGGUGUUUGUCAAGGAGGAGGCACUGGAGGACUGUGUCUUUGUCAACAAGAUACACUUCCAGUGACUCGCGGCCGUCCCUCCCCUCGCACUGUGCCGGCCGGCCCCACUAUUUAUUCCAUGCCAGUGACACUCCACCACACCGCAGCCUGUGUGCUCCCCGGUGUGGCCGCCUCAGCCUCACUGCUCCCCACAGGCCGCACUUUAAAGCACCACAGUGUUGAGGGCAGGCUUGGUGGUGCCAGUCAUCAUUCUACAGUGACUUGGUGUUGAAGGGUGUUGUGAUUCCAGCAAUACUUCAACACCCACCAGUGAAAGGGAUGACAGUUUUCAGCGCAAGUUUGGCGAUUUUAGUGAUAAUCUUGACCACGAGGAGAAAUGACAGUUUUCAAGGAUGUUUUCACGAUUGUAGCAACAGUUUGACUCCUGUGCAGAGUAUUAAGUUUUCAAGUGGGUGUCUGUGAUUCUUGUGAUGAUUUAAGUUUUCAAAGGUGUUCCUCAUGACUGCAGUAACAGUUUGACAGGCUCCAGUGGAAUGAUCAAGUUUUCAAGGGUGUUCGUGAUUAAUUUAAAGAGAGGUUACUAUAUUUCAAGAGUGUAUCCAUGAUUCUACCAGUAAUUGAAGACCAGGAUAAAUUAAUAGGUUCUCAAAGGGUGUUUUUAAUCAUUCUAUUAAUCUUAAGAGGCUGUAAAAGAACCUGCCACAUUUUGAUAAACAUUUUAAUGAUUCCCAUGAAAGUUGAACAAGUUUUCUACCUCACGGGAAGAAAAUAUAAAAAAACAAACAAAAAAAAAACACUCGCAAACCUGGCUUACCUUCCCUGCAGCCCUGGAAAGCAGAGAGAGAGAGAGAGAGAGAGAGAGAGAGAGAGUGUGUGUGUGUGAAAAAUGGAUAAUCUUUGUGGGGUUGUGGAAUUUAUUGUAAUGUUUAAAGUGAAAUGAGAUUUGUAUGAAUGUGGUUGUGAUUGUGUGGAGCAGUGAAUGUGAAAUGAACAGAAUGAUGUGGUGGAAUGAAUGAGAUGAACUAAUGUAAAGGAAUGAAGGACAGAUGAUUAUGAAGAGGAAUGAAUGAAUGAAUAAAUGUGGAAAUGGAAUGAAGAGAAUGAUGUGGUGGAAUGAAUGAGAUGAAAUAAUGUAAAAAGAAUGAAGGAGAGACAAUUAUUAAGAGGAGUGAAUGAAAGAAUGUGAGGAUAGAAUGAAUGCAAUAACAUGUAAAGAAAGGAAUGAAUGAAAGAAUGUGGGAAUGACAAUGAAAAAAAAAGACAAGAUUAUCCAGAAAAAUGAAAGAAAAAUAAGAUGCAGUAGAGGAAAAGAAUGAGAAAAAUGAGAAAAAAAGUGAAGGAAUGAGAUGAGAGGAGGAGGAGGCUGUACAAAUAUUGUGGUCCAUUUUGUAGUGUAAGAGAGUGGAGGAGGUGGAAAUGGUUGACUGGCGGAAGAAAGACUAGACAGCUCUGUGUGUGUGUGUGUGUGUUUUUUUUUUUUUCCCAUUUCCUUUAUUACAAGUCUGUUUUUCUGUCCCUGAUAAAUGAAAAAGGGAAAUAAUCGAGUAAAAUAUAAACAGAUUGAGAAAUAAACCUAUGUAUUUUGAUGAGUGAGUGUUAAUAUUGAAAAAAAAAAAAAAAAAGGAGAGAAAUUGGUGAUUGAAAAGGUGGAUGAGAAAUUAAUUUGUUCUUUUUGACGAGUGCAUUUAUAUUGAAAAAAAAGAGAAGGAGAAAGAGAAAAAGAAAGACUAGUGGCUGAAAAGGUGGAUGAGAAAUUAACUGAUUGAUUUUGACGAGUGAGCGUUAAUCUUAAAAAAAAAGGAGAAGGAAAAGAAGAAGAAAAAACUGAUGAUUGAAAAAAAAAGGAAAAACAAUAAACGGAUUAAUUUUGACCAGUGUUUAUAUUGAAAAAAAAAAGGAAAAGAAGAGAGAGAGAGAGAGAGAGAAAGGCUGGUGAAAGAGAGAGAGCUUGAAUGAAAACAGAGAAAUAAGGUGAGAGUUUUCAUACCAUAAAAAGGAGAAAAGAUUGGUGACGAAUACAGAGAAGCUUUAAACUAAUAUGAAAAGAGAGAAAGCUUGAAUGAAAACAGAAAAAUAAGCUGAGUUUUCUUAGCACAAAAAGGAGAAAGAUUGAAGAAUACAAACAGACAAGCUUUAAACUAAUCAUCUUUUCUGUUAAAGUGCAAAACAAGAGAGAGAGAGAGAGCUGGUGAUUGAAAACAGAGAGAAAGCUUGAAUGAAUAACAAAAAAGCAUAUCUAACAAAUGAGCAUUUUUCAUUUAGUGCAAAAAAAGAGAUUGGUGAAGAAUAGAAAGAGAGAAGCUUAAACUAACAACCUUUUCCGAUAGUGGUGAUUGAAAACAGACAGCUUGAAUGAAAAGAGAAAAAUAAGCUUAAUCAACAAGUCCUCUUCCAUUCAGUGCAAAAAAUAAAUGGAGAACUGGAGUGGAUUAAAAAAUGUAGAACGGAAUGGCAAUAAAAGCUUACUUAAUGAGCUUUUCUUUAGUGCAAAGGAGAGCUUGGCGAUUGAAAAAACUGAGAAAGCUUGAAUGAAAAAGAGAAAAUAAGCUUAAUUGUAGAUGCUUGAAUGGAAUGGCAAAAAAAGCUUAAGCGACAAGUUUUAAUUUAGAGCAAUGGAGAGUUCUUGGCAAUUGAAAAAUAGAGAAAGCUUGAAUGAAAAAGAGAAAAAUAAGCUUAAUUGUAGAUGCUUGAAUGGAAUGGCAAAAAAAGCUUAAGUGACGAGUUUUAACUUAGUGCAAAGGAUAGGUUGGUGAUUGAAAAAGCAGAAAGCUUGAAUGAAAAAGAGAGAAAUAAGCUUAAUUGUAGAUGCUGGAAUGGAGUCUCAGAAAAAGUUUACCUAAUGAGUUUUUAUUUGGAGCAAAUGAGAGGUUGGCAAUUGAAAUACAGAGAAAGCUUGAAUGAAAAGAAGAAUAAGCUUAAUUGUAGAUGUUGGAAUGGAGUGGCAAAAAAAGCUUACCUGACAAUUUUUAUUUAGUGCUAAGGAGAACUUGGUGAUUGAAAAACAGAAAAAUAAGCAUAAUUGUAGAUGCUUGAAUGGAAUGGCAAAAAAAAGCUUAAGUGAUGAGUUUUUAUUGAGAGCAAAGGAAAGUUCUUGGCAAUUGAAAUAGAGAAAGCUUGAAUGAAGAGAGAAAUAAGCUUAAUUGUAGAUGCUGGAAUGGAGUGGCAAAUAAAGCUUACCUGAUGAGUUUUCAUUUAGAGCAAAGAAGAGUGCUUGGUGAUUGAAAAUCAGAGAAAGCUUGAAUGAAAAGAGAAAUAAGCUUAAUUGUAGAUGCUGGAAUAGUGAAAAAGCUUACCUGACAAGUUUUUAUUUAGUGCAAAGGAGAAACAGAGAAAGCUUGAAUGAAAAAGAGAAAUAAGCUUAAUUGUAGAUGCUGGAAUGGAAUGGCAAAAAAAGCUUACCUAAUGAGUUUUUAUUUAGUGCAAAGGAGAGUGCUUGGUGAUUGAAAAACAGAGAAAGCUUGAAUGAAAAAGAGAGAAAUAAGCUUAAUUGUAGAUGCUGGAAUGGAAAAGAACUUACCUGUCAAGUUUUUAUUUAGAGGAAAAGGCAAGAUUAGUGAUUGAAAACUUUUGAUACUGAAAUGAAGUCAAUGUAAAAAUGAACGACUUAUUUAGACGACAACUCUGUUUAGUGAAGAAGGGAAGAGAUUGGGGAGAAAUAAUUAAACUAACACAUAAACACUGCAGCAAAUACUUAAGUUUCUCUCAAUGGCUGUCUGGCGCCCUCCCCAUAAAAAAAAAAAAAAAAUAAGAGAAAGGAACGCAUCGCUGUUUAGUGCAAAAGGGAAAAGAUUAGUAAGAAAACCGCUGAACAUGGCAGCAAAUACUUAGUGAUCUUGUGGCUGCCUGGCACUCUCCCCGUAAAGAAAGAAGAAAGUGGAGAUAAGAGGAAUAAGGAAAUGAAAACCUUAUCAAGUAUUUAGUGCAGAAGGGAAACAAUUAGUGGGGGAAUAACACAUGAACACUGCAGCACUCAAGUUACUCAGUGUUCUACCUUGUGCUUUCCCCAUAAAGAAAAAAAAAAUGAAGAUGAACAAGGAAAUGAAAACACAGUGUUAUUGGGUGAAAAAGGGAAGAGAUUGAGGAGAAAAAAAUAGUAAAUGAACACUUGAGCAAAUAUUUAAGUGACUCCGAUGGCUGUCUGACACUCUCCAUAAAGAAAACGAAAGUAAAAAAUAGAAGAACGAGGAAAUUUAAGCUCUCCUUCAACUAACACACCUCUUAUUUAGUGCAAAAGAGAAGAGAUUGGGGAGAAUUUGCAUGAACACUUGAGCAAAUAUAUAAGUGACUCCGAUGGCUGUCUGACACUCUCCAUAAAGAAAACAAAAAUAAAAAUAGAGGAAGAAGGAAAUUUAAGCUCUCCUUCAACUAAUACAUCUCUUAUUUAGUGCAACAAGGAGUAGAUUGAGGAGAAAUAACACAUGAACACUGCAGCAAAGACUUAAAUUUACCCUUGUGUUCUGCCUGGUGCUCUCCUUAUUAAGAAAGUGAAAAAUAGAGGAGGAAGGAAACGAAAUGUCUUGAAGUAUCUUGAAAUAUGUACUCUAUCUAAUAAAUUGCCGUGAUAAGUCCAGGUGUGAGGCUGAAUGAAAAACAAAGGAAGAAGGAAAUUAAACUCCCCCCUUGAAGUACUUUGAAAUACGUACUCAACCCCUUAAAUUGCUGUAAAAAAUGUCAAGUGGCGCCCAACUGCUCUCCCAAAAUUAAAAAUAAGAGGAAAAAGGAAAUAAAAACCCUCCUUAAAGAACCUUAAAAUAUGUACUGUACCCCACAAAUUGCUUUAAAAAAUGUCGUAGUGCCCGAAACACUCGUAAAGUGCAAAGGAACAAUGAAAUUAACCCCCCCCCCUUGAAGAACCUAGAAAUAUGUACUAUACCCCACAAAUUGCUGUAAAAAUGUCAAGUGGUGCCCCAAAUGGUCUCGUAAAGUGCAAAGGUACAAGGAAUUUAAGCCACGCCCUUGAAGAACCUUGACACACUUACCCGAGCCCAGAAAAUCCCAUAGAAAAGCCAAAUUUAUAUAAAAAAUGCAAAGGUGACACAAGACAGUAAGGGAAGCUGCCAGGGGUCACCAGGUCUGUACGUGACAUUACCUGUUGUGAACGAGAGGUGAACGGUGGUGCCGAAACAUAUGAGUGACCUGACCUGACCUGACCUAGUAAUGGCAAAUGAAAAAAAAUAAACGCUAAUUGACUUUCGUGAUGCAAAAUGAAAGAAAUAAACAAAACAGUCUGGGUAUUCAUUAAAAGCAUACCACUGCAGUAUACCUGAGUGUAAAUAUACAUACAUACAUACAUACACUAUAUUACUACUACUACUACUACUGUAAGUGAUGCUUUGAAGUAACUUGAAGUGUACUCCUGUGUAUUACUGCAAUGUCCAACUCAAGACAUCAAUGUAGUGUGUGUUACAAUGCCAUGUUAACUAUUUAAGAGGGGUGUGUGUAUGUGUGUGUGUGUGUGUGUGUGUGUGUGUGUGUGUGUGUGUGUGUGUGUGUGUGUGUGUGUCUGUGUGGCCAUUGGGUGUCUCUCAGUAUAGUGCUGCUGCUGCUGCUGCCACUACCCUGGCAAUACAGUAAUACAGUGUUGCAAUCUGGA